AUGGCGGCGCCAAGGCCACCGCAUCCACAUGGGACGAAACUAGCGGAGAUGAAGAAGGCGGCGGUCAUUGGGGGGAGAAAGGUUGCCGGGAAGCAGGAGGACGUGCACCAGCUGCGGCUGCUGGACAACCGCUACGUUCAGUACAGGUUUCUGAACGCCCGGGGGGCAGAGGCGGCCAGGGCCAAGGCUGCUGCGGCGGAGAACUCCCUGUUCGGACUGGCUGAGAGAAUUGCUGGGCUACGAGAAUCAGUCGCUGAUAAGAGGGCAGAGGCUGAGAAGAUCAAGAGGGAUCAGAGAUUGUGCUCAAUUUUUGGUGGUCAGGUGCCGUAUUUGGAUCGAUGGAGUGAUGUUGAGGAGGAUUAUUCCAGCUGCUUGACAGGGGCAACAUCUGCGCUGCAUAACGCCUCACUAAGGCUGCCUAUAAUUGGGGGUGUUAGGGCAAACUAUGAGGAAAUCUCGGAAGUUCUUAACUCUGCUGCGCAACUACUGGAGCCGGCGUCGCCUCUUGUUCGAAAUUUAUUACCAAAGGUUGAAGAAGUUGAUGGUGUGGCCUCCAAACUUGCACAAAUAAUCACUAGUGAAAGGGACUUGAUAGAAGAGUGUGGGAAUCUACUAAAUCAAGCACACCAUAUGCAGAUGAGGGAGUACAGCUUGAGAAGCCAGCUGCUGCAGUUGAGAAGUUGA